AUGGAGAAAUUACAAGAAUAUUUAGAAAUAGAUAGAUCUUGGCAACAAGAAUUCCUAUAUCCACUUUUCUUUCAGGAGUAUAUUUAUACACUUGCUCAUGAUCAUGGUUUAAAUAGAUCGAUUCUUUACGAAUCUGCGGAGAAUUUAGGUUAUGACAAUAAAUCCAGUUCACUAAUUGUGAAACGUUUCAUUAAUCGAAUGUAUCAACAGAAUCAUUUCAUUAUUUCGACUAAUGGUAAUAGUUCUAACCAAAAAAAAUUUCUUGAGCACAACAAAAAUUUUGAUCUGAAAAUGAUAUCGGAGGGGUUUGCGGUCAUUGUGGAAAUUCCAUUCUCGCUGCGAUUAGUAUCUUCCCUAGAAGAGAAAGAACUAGUAAAAUCUCGUAAUUUACGAUCAAUUCAUUCAAUAUUUCCUUUUUUAGAGGACAAAUUAUCACAUUUAAAUUAUGUGUCAGAUAUACUAAUACCCCACCCCAUCCAUCCGGAAAUCUUAGUGCAAGCCCUUCGCAUCUGGGUACAAGAUGCCCCUUCUUUGCAUUUAUUGCGAUUCUUUCUCUACGAGUAUCAUAAUUGGAAUAGUCUUAUUACUCCAAAGAAAUCCAUUUACAUUUUUUCAAAAAAGAAUCAAAGAUUCUUCUUGUUCCUAUAUAAUUUUCAUGUAUAUAAAUGUGAAUCCAUAUUUCUUUUUCUCCGUAAACAAUCUUCUCAUUUACGAUCAACGUCUUUUGGAGCACUUCUUGAGCGAACACAUUUCUAUGGAAAAAGAGAACAUCUUGUAGUACUUUUUCAUAAUGAUUUUCAAACCACCCUAUGCUUGGUCAAGGACCCUUUCAUACAUUAUGUCAGAUAUCAAGCCAAAUCUUUUAUGGCUUCAAGGGGGACUCCUCUUAUGAUGAAUAAAUGGAAAUAUUACCUUGUAAAUUUCUGGCAAUCUUAUUUUUAUUUCUGGUCUCAGCCGGGCAGGAUCGAUAUAAACCAAUUAUCCAAUUAUUCUUUUGAUCUUCUGGGUUAUCUUUCGAGUGUACGACUAAAUUUUUCGGUGGUAAGGAGUCAAAUGCUAGAAAAUUCGUUUCUAAUAGAUAUUGCUAUUAAUAAGUUUGAUACCAUAGUUCCGAUUUUUCCUCUGAUUGGAUCAUUGGCUAAAGCGAAAUUUUGUAACGCAUUAGGGCAUCCCAUUAGUAAACCGGUUUGGACCGCUUCAUCAGAUUUUGAUAUUAUCGAUCGAUUUGGGCGGAUAUGCAAAAAUAUUUCUCAUUAUCACAGCGGAUCCUCAAAAAAAAAGAGUUUGUACCGAAUAAAGUAUAUCCUUCGACUUUCGUGUGCUAGAACUUUGGCUCGUAAACACAAAAGUACUGUACGCGCUUUUUUGAAAAGAUUGGGUUCGGAAUUAUUAGAAGAAUUCUUUACGGAGGAAGAAGAAGUUCUUUCUUUGAUCUUCCCAAGAGCCUCUUCUCCCUUGCGGAGGUUAUAUAGAGAACGGGUUUGGUAUUUGGAUAUUAUUCGUAUCAAUGAUUUGGUCAAUCUUGAUUGA